AUGCGAUUGUUUCAUUCGACGAUUAGAACGGGCGAGAUCGAUAGUGGCGGAACGUUCACGGACACCGUCGCGGCUGAUGGGGCUGGCGUCGUAACACAUGAUACAUCACGGCCAAUCAGACGUCGGCUAUCUGGACGCGCGAUCGGCGGCGGCUUUGUGAGGCGGCGGCUGGCCGCCGAUGUGUCGGCUCAACGGGGUGCGUACAAAAAGCCGUCUCUAAUUAGGCUAAUUAGCUCCAGGUCCGGGGAGCUGGGCCUGUGGGAAGGCCUAAGGACUGACGCUUCCGGCUUAGUGCGCGCAUUAAUAUUCAGAUGUGCAGAUGCGACAUUCCACGCGUUG